GGCAGAAAUAAGAGUAGUAUAUUAAUAGGCCUAUGCCAUUACCAUGGUGUUUAUUCUGACAUCUCCAGUUCGGGCGAGUAACCAAGUGUGUCCCCGCCCACCAAAUGACGUCAAACAGGAAAAAUCGCUGCUAAGGGAAAUUAAGUUGCUUCUGCUCGCGUAGAAGUUCUCACGUCCUCUAUUUCCUUGUAGCAAUGGCGACAGUUACGACCGAGUCAUUGGUGUCAACAAGACUUAGUGGAGUAUUACUAGUUGCCAUUCUUAAUUGCGUAUUCAUUCGACCGGUGAUUGCGAUAUCUGAGCCGGGCAAAUGGAUCCUGAACGUGGACAGCGAAAUUAUAAAGAAGCAAAACUACUUCUAUUUUCCAAAGACAAUGUUCAAUGACAGUCUCAUUGAACUGAAGUGGCUCACUGAAAAGUGCCAGUCUGUAGAACUCAGUAUAUCAUGGUAUUUGCGAAGUUCCCCUUGCCACGAUGAAGUGUUUGGUCUUGAUACUGAAAUGGUAAACGAGUAUUUUGGCAAUGAUCAAGUGCAACGUGAAGGAGGCAAUGGAUUCUACAUAAUCCACAAUUACCCUCCCAUAAAGUGCACCCAACAUAUGGCUGAAAAUGUGUUUGCAGUAAAAGAGCUUAAUAAGCCAACAAAACUGAAAACACUAUCUCAGCCAACCACAUCUACUCAAGACAGGCAGAGGAGAGACACCGAUAAGACGGAAGAACAAAAUAAAAAUGAUCAGGCUGCAGCAAAAACUGAAUUUAGUGCUACAACAAGCAAAGACUCUUCAUCAGUGGAUACCCUGAGCUCUAAAACAGACAACACAGUGGCACAAACCUGGGAAGACAGCCCUUACAUGUUCAUAAUCAAAAUUGAGGAGCCUCAACCUGCAACAACACAUUGGAACAUACAGUUGGAGGUCAGAAUGAGGGGCCCCCAUGACUAUAUUUCGGCAUCUGAAUGGCCUUUGAUGAUUUUCUACAUGGUGAUGUGCAUCAUCUAUGUGAUUCUGGGUGUGCUGUGGUUGGCUCUUUCGGCUUGUUACUGGAGAGAUCUGCUGCGGAUUCAGUUCUGGAUUGGAGGAGUGAUCUUCCUGGGCAUGCUUGAGAAGGCGGUCUACUAUGCAGAGUUCCAGAGUAUCCGCUAUGAUGGCCACUCAGUUCAAGGUGCAGUGGUUUUUGCUGAGGUGCUUUCGGCUGUGAAAAGAACCCUGGCUCGAGUGCUUGUCAUCAUUGCUAGCCUUGGAUAUGGCAUAGUCAAGCCAAGACUAGGAGCAUUGCUGCACAGAGUGGUGGGGGUGGGACUGCUCUACCUUGUCUUCUCCAUCAUAGAGGGUGUCUUGAGAGUCAAUACGGAGCACGGUGGUUCAAGCAGACUGCUUUGUGACAUUGUUAUGGCCCUCAUUGAUUCUUGUAUUGUGUGGUGGAUCUUCAUUAGCCUGGCCCAGACAAUGAAGCUCCUUCGGCUGAGGAGAAACGUGGUCAAGCUCUCCCUUUACCGACACUUCACCAACACGCUCAUAUUCGCCGUCAUCGCUUCUGUUAUAUUCAUUAUUUGGACAACAAAGACCUUCAAGUUAUCAAAGUGCCAAUCUGACUGGAGGGAGCUGUGGAUAGAUGAUGCAUUCUGGCGCUUUCUUUUCUCGACUAUCUUGCUCGUCAUCAUGUUCUUGUGGAGGCCAUCAGCCAACAACCAGAGAUAUGCCUUCAGUCCACUGGUGGAUGAGGUUAGUGAAGAAGAGGAGGGGGAGCAGCUAAUGAAUGAAGCCUUCGAGGGUGUGAAAAUGAGAGGAAUGAAACCAGAGACCAAUGGAAAUGUAAAGGCCAGCAAAGUGGAUGAAGAUCUCAAAUGGGUUGAGGAGAACAUUCCCUCUUCAAUGGCUGAUGUUGCGCUGCCACCUCUGCUAGACUCAGAUGAGGAGAUCAUGACGACAAAAUUUGAGAUGUCCAAAAUGGAGUAGGUCUUUAAAGAAGAUGUAUGUAUUGUAAAUAAUAUGUAUGUGUAAUACAAUGCACAAUUGCUUUAUCCCAAAUGAUAAGAGCUUUUCUUAAGUGACAUCUGUAAAUAUGUGGGACGAUGAGUGUAAUGCACUAAAGGACAUUUGUUUUUAUA